CUAGCUCCUCCUACCAGCGUCAUUAUCUCAGUAACCAAACAUUACUGAUUUGCUUGCACUCGACAUCUGGCUUGCAGUAGCAAGCUACAGCUCUAGGUAGAUCAUCGAUCUGACACAAACACUGACGCUUCACUACACACCUGUAGAAACUAGCAGCACUCAGAGUCGGAGCUUUCUGAACUGAACAAUGGCUUCCGGCGGCGGGUCGUCGUCGUCCCGCGCGUGGACGCAGCGGCAGAACAAGCAGUUCGAGUGCGCGCUGGCGGUGUACGACAGGGAGGCCCCGGACCGGUGGCACAACAUCGCCCGCUACAUGGGCGGCACCAAGUCCGCCGACGAGGUGCGCCGCCACUUCGAGCAGCUCGUCCACGACGUCACCCAGAUCGAGGCCGGCCGCGUCCCCUUCCCCCGCUACAUGGGCAGCUACUACGGCAGCGCGCCGGCGCCCGUCGCCGGCGCCGGCCUCGACGACGACAUGGCCGCCGCCACGAGAACCAAGCAGUACCCGAAGUUCCAGCGAUGAAGACGAAUGGCUACUCUCCGAUGAUACGUACGUCCAUGGGCCGGGGGUGAUAUAUAUACGCAUGCAUGCGUACGUGCAUGCAUAUAUGGCAGUCGUUUCCCCUUUGCAACGACCGAUAUGCCGAAAAUAAGGAAGAAGAAUUAUCGUCUCUUUACCCUCAUGUGUGUACCCACGUAUAUGAUAGAUGUAGAAUUACCUACUUAAUUAGACUGACACUGAUCGACGAACGGUCAGUGUGGUGCUGAAAUAAUGUACAUGUGCUGUAUAUAUCAAUAUAUGCUGUUCUGUUCAUAUA